GGACGUCAAAAAUUAGCCCGUUUCAAUGCCAGGGAAUUUGCCACUUUAAUUAUUGAUAUAUUGAAUGAUGCGAGAAGGCGAUCCAGUCAUCGGUCAAUUCUUAGAACAGAUCAUAUAGAUAUAAUGGCAUAUCGAGAUCCGCCACCGGCACCACCACCAGUCAAACUAUCCGAAUCGCGUCUUGGGGUAGGUAAAGUUCCCAGCACGAUUAGCGACGAUGAACCCCUGUAUGAUAGUGUGGCAGGCUCCGAUGAUGAACCUGAUCUUGAAGAACAAUUGAAUGCUGUAGAGCAAGAAAGUUCACCAAAAAGUAACCGAAGAACAGCGAGCAUGGCGUCAUCUGAGCUGUCAGACGGACCAAUCACAAUAGAGGAAUACUUGGAAGUCAAGAAAGCGCAUGCAUCAGCGGAAGCUAAAAUUCAACAACUUGCAACGAUGAACAAAAACAUGACACAAGAAAUCAAUUUACUGCAAUCUAUGGUUCAAAGGCUGAUGCAGGAAAACUCACAGCUUCGAGCAACACUUGUGCCCCGACCGGAGGAGGCCCCUGCCAUCAGUAAUGGACACGAAUCAUCACCGACUGUAGAGCCUGUCACACCAAACACACCAGGCAAAUCACCGAGAACAUUUGGGCGGCCACAAUCCAUGUUUGAACCUCGGGUACAGCAGCGUCAAAAUCCAUGGCCGGCAGAAGAUGACAAAAUCCCAUCAACGGAGGACCUGUUGGCUGGCUUACCGUCUACCGUUGGGACGCAGCUACCAGGGGUUCAAACUGCUAGUACUGAAUCACACGCCGUGGUAAGUGUGAGUAGCCCCUUAUCACCUUAUCAAAUGGUCUACGAUAUUAUCGAGACCACCUUAGGAAGUGAUACUACUAGUACAGAGUCAUCUGCGAUUAAGAGGAGUGUGAGACAGACUGGUACAUUGACCAAAGUAGAAGAGAGAACGAGCCAGUGUGAUAGUGAUUAUGACAACACUACGCUACAAACACAAGAAGAUAUUAUACAGACAGUCCAAGACUCACUCAUACAGAAUCAAUCAUCAACACAGAAAGACCACCUUGCUGUGAGCAGUAGCAGUGGUGGGGCUGAUGCUUCUAUUGAAAAAUUACCCCGUCAAGAAGACAUUAUCAGACAAACAGAACAAAUCACAAGAAAAAUUCAAAAAUUACUUAUAGCUGCUCAGGCACAGAAACACGAUAGUUUUAUACCGUGUUCAGAAAAUAUCCAUAAAGCGGUCAAAGAAAUGGCCGAUCUAUUUCCUGAGAUGCCAAGUUCGGAGAGUGUCAGAAUGGCUCUAAAACUGCUUCUAACCAGUGCUAGUCGUCUUCUUGGAGAAUGUCAAUCAGUGUUGACUUCGGAACAGAUCUCAUCAACAGAUUAUCAACAAGUGACACAGCAAGUUAUAACCACAAGUUUUGAUAUAGCGAAAGCCGCUAAGCAACUGGUGACACUGUUUCAAUAA